UUCACUUGUUUUUAAAACCGUUUAAUGUGCGGUAUUUGUGCAAAUAUCUUUUCUUUGGGAAAAAGCUACUGUAUAAAUUGUUAAAUAGCACAAAUAAGUGACAGAAUGAACGAGGCCUUGGUUAGGGGAGUGAAAAACUCCUUAAACAAACAACAUUAUACAAUGAAUGAUUCUUGGCUGUCAGAAUGCAUCGAAUAUUAUUUCAGUGAACACUCCAAUGCAUCACAAGAAGAAAUCAUAACUUUUGUUAUGAAUCAAUGGGCGCUGUAUGAUUUAAGAGAAAUUAACAAUGAAAAAGGAUGCCUGCCUAGAGGUUUGGCACAACAGAAAUGCACGACACUUCCUGGAAAAUAUAUACUUCAGAUGGAUAAAAUAUAUGAUAUCUCCCAGUCUAAGUAUAAGCAACUUGAAAAAAUAAGAAAUGUGUCAAUUGAAAAUGUUGAAGCAACUGAACGUGAAAAUACACAAGAUGACAAGUUUCAAAAUUUUGAGCCCAAGUCAAAAAGGAUGUUACAGUUAUUUUUAACCGAUGGAGUGCAAGAUGUUAUUGCUAUUGAAUAUAAUCCAAUAAGAUUUUUAAAGGAUACUUUAUUUCCGGGAUUCAAAGUAAUGAUCAAAGGACCCGUCAUAUGCAGAAAAGGUGUCAUAUUACUGGAAGAGACAAAUAUCAUGGGCAUCAGUGGUGAAGUUGAUAGUUUAUUAAUUACUAAUGCUGUAGAAAAUGUUUUUGCCAGAGCUCUAAAUUUAGAAGAAAAUCCAGAUCCAUAUAAUGAUAACAAGAAAACUCAAAACAAUCAAACCCAAUCCACUCAAGCAACAAUUCAAACAGAUGAUGAAUUUGAUAUCGAUUCACAAGUCUUAGAUCAGAUUGACAAGCAAAUUAAUCAACAAACUUCUGGUAUCAGCAAAAAUACAUCUUCAUCUUUGAGGUAUACACCAAGUCAAACGUCUGAAGUGAAUAUCUCAAAUUGUCAUCAGAGGCAAAAUUCUUCUACCUUAAAGAAAACUGAAAAUUUAAACACUCCGGGAUCACGAAGUCAACAGUCGUUAGGAACCACUGUGGAUAAAAAUAAAACGCCGCAACAAAAAUAUAACAAUGCAAAUAAAGAAAGAUUGAUUCAAUUCGAAGAUGAUGGAGACUCGUUUUUAGAAAUGGUUGAUGACAACGCAUUUCAAAGCAUACCUGUGUCUAAACCUACUUUUAAAAUACCUCCACUACCCACACCACUGAGUAACAAAUUCUCUAAUUUACCAAAAGCAACACCAAAUUCCAUUGUUGAUGACUUUCCAACAGAUGAUGAAAUGUAUCAUUUAACAGACUCUUUUACAACUUCUAUCAAAUCAAAGUCUCAAAGUACAACAAAUUUAUCAAACAUUGCACCAUGCAGCUCGAUUAGCGCCAGUAAAAAUAAUACUAGUAAAGAAAAUAAAAAUAAUACUUUGAAAAGUGUUUCAAACCAAAUUUCAAGUAAAGGUGGAAAUAAUAAUCUUCCAGAAAAAUUGUACACUACAAAAAAAUUUAGUAUUCCAGAUGAUGAUUUUGAUUUAGGUGAUGUUAAUAUGGAAACGGAUGAUUUUUAUGAUUACUUUAACAAAAAUGAAGUCAGCACAAAUACUGAAAAAUCCAAUCAAUUAUCAAUUAGUUUAUCCAAGUCAAAGGAAUCAAAGAUAAAUAACGAUUGUUUAUCUCGUGGUAGUAAAAAUAGUGCAAGCUCCAAGCACUCAUCAAGUGAAACUAAUUUUGGUAUUGAGAACGAUUCUUUACCAAAAAUGGAUAUGGAAUUUAAUGAUGAAUUUGACAUUGAAUUCGAAGCUAUAGAAAACAAAGACUUUAAGUCCUGUAUUGAUCAACAAGCAGAUAGUAAAAAAUUCAAGGUAACAGAUACAAAAAACUUACCAGUUAAGGCUAAAAAUCAAAGUCAAAGUAAUUUUUCCGAACAAUUUGGAAAUAAAAGAUCACGAGAUGCCACAUCUUCUACAUCUUCCUCUGAAGAUAUUCCUCAAAAAGUACCUCGUUUAAGUGGUACUCCAAAGUCUAAUAAAUCUAAUGGAAGAAAAAUAACAGAUUUUCUUACCAGUCCUACUAAUCCAGCGAGUUCUACUAAAAAUAAACAAUCCCCCUUACUCACUGAGGAUGGUAUAAAAUGCUGUGAGUUUUUGAAAGAUUCAUUGAAGUUAUGCAAAAAAAUGGACUCAGCACGUAUAAUAGUCAGAGGAAAAGUAAAAAAUGUUGUUAAAUUAAAUUUGCUUAAAAACGAAAAAGGGCAAUACUUUCAUUUGGAAGGUACUAUUUCAGAUGAUACUGCAAAUUUAGAUGUUGUUUUUUCUUCCGAGAUAUUAGAAAAGAUUAUUGGAUAUAGUACUCAAGAGUUCAGUCAAAAAAGAAAACAGAGUAAAACUGAUCCAAGCAUUAAAGAUCAACUCAGAGAGGAUUUAAAAAAAGCCCAGCAAAAACUGAUAGUUAUGGAUGAAUUAAUGGAAAUACAAUUAAAAAAGAACGAAAAAGCUGUGAUUCUAAAUAGCAUAAAAUUAACCAAGGAACAAAAAAAAAGUAUUGACGAUAGAGUGAAAUUGAUUAAUGCGAGAUAAAUUUUUCGUAAGUUACUCGAAUAAUAGAAAGAAUUAAGGAAAGCU